AUGCAACUACCGAUCGAAAUGGAAGCCAUAAAGACCGCUCGUACCUAUUGUCUGCAUUCGACGUUUCGUCUUCACCGGACAUCGAAGGGGAACUCGAAGACCUCAGAAACUGAUUGUCGGCCAUGAAAUUUACAACGGGAAUUUCAUUCGUUGUGGUGUGUUUCUGGUGCUCCGGAAUCGCUGAUGGGAAUCCUUAUGUGACAAAAUGGUGGUCACGAGGGGUAGCCACCGUGAAAAAUUUCGUUCUCGGCUUUCCACCAACACCUUGGCAUCGAGAAGCUGCUUGGCGAUUCGAGUUUGACCCUGACGCAGGACUCCGCAAGGCGCCCGAUUAUCAACGGCAUUUCGGACACCGUGGGGAACGCUUGAUCGAACUUCUUGGCUCUGGAGCGUAUCGCCCGGGAAACGGUCAGAGUUUUUCACGGACUUAGAAACUGUGGACACUGACCCGCGUCAUUGAUGGAACCCUUGAAAAUUGUCUGAUCUCGUUCGUUUGCUAUUAACUCCUAGAGCGGCACCUGUUCCCUUUU